CAAAAACUGAUUUUGUCACAUUUCUUGAUCUUUUGAUGAUAACUAAAUCUACUACAAAACACAAAGAAGUUUCCGUUUGUGUGUUUCUCAAAGUUAGACAUACGAAAUCGUGUAGGUCAAGCAAGUGAUUAUGAGUCACAAAGUCUCCAAGAAGUUAGACGAGGAGCAAAUCAAUGAGCUCCGGGAGAUUUUCCGGUCAUUUGAUCGGAACAAAGACGGAAGUUUAACUCAGCUCGAGCUCGGAUCACUUCUCCGAGCACUAGGGGUUAAACCAAGUCCAGACCAAUUCGAAAUGCUUAUAGACAAAGCCGACACUAAAAGCAACGGACUCGUCGAGUUCCCGGACUUCGUAGCUUUGGUCUCGCCGGAGCUUCUUUCGGCGGCGAAGAGGACGACUCCUUACACGGAGGAGCAGCUUCUCCGAUUGUUUAGGAUAUUCGACACGGACGGAAACGGGUUUCUCACUGCGGCGGAAUUGGCUCACUCUAUGGCUAAGCUUGGCCACGCCUUGACCGUUGCGGAAUUGACGGGGAUGAUUAAGGAGGCGGAUAGCGACGGCGAUGGCCGGAUUAAUUUUCAAGAGUUCGCUAAGGCUAUUAACUCUGCCGCAUUUGAUGAUUUAUGGGGUUGAGUUUUCACUGGAGUGACUGGACUCUUCCAUUAUUUUCCCUUUUAACCUUUUUUUUUUUAGUUUCUAUGUUUAGUUUUCACUAUUCUACAAGAAAAUUAUAUCCUUAAA